AUGCCCUAUGCCCUAUGCCCAUCGUCUCAGCUACUUUCGCCUCUGCUAUCGGUCUUCGUUCCCCGUUCCUGCACCCCUUUUCUGUCCCAGAAUAGGUCUGUCCGUCGUCCACGUGGACGAUCCCUUCGGAGUCUGGCGGCCAUGUUCGGCUUCUUCGAAGUCCUACUCCAAUGCCGAGAGCUGUUAGGUUUUGGAACAGGACCAAAAGGACGGAGACUGCUGACUAUGUGCUAUCACGUCCCACAAGCCCAAAGGGCUCAGGCUUCUCUUACUUUCGUAUCGCAUGGUCAUCUGCAAUCCCUGCUGUCUCCAUUGUCGUUUAUUCUUCGCUAUCUUGCUUUUCGGGUCGAUCCUGCGCCGCUGUUCUUCCCUUCGACUUUAUAUACAUACACGCAUACACAUGGACUCUUCCGAGACGACCCCGAGUCGAUGUCGAGAUCGCAUGUUCCCUCAUUUAGUGUUCUUUGUUUUCAGCGCUCUGCUUCUUAG